AUGUUUUUUCUGUGCACACUGAGCUCCGUGAGGAUUUAUCUCUGGGUGACGUUGUUGGAUUGUUACUGGACAUCGGUUUUUGGACAUCUCUCUUACACUGUCUCAGAGGAGGUGAACAUCGGGACGUUUGUGGGAAAUAUUGUUAAAGAUCUUAAUCUUAACUCACAAGAAUUGCAUUCGCGUAAUUUUCAGAUUGUAUCUGCAUCUAACCAGAAAUAUUUUGAUGCAAAUCUGAAGACUGGUGUCCUGUACGUUAAUGAGAGGAUAGACCGAGAAGAGCUGUGCGACAGUGAGUCAACAUGUUCGCUCAAUGUUGAGGCAGUGUUAAACAACCCAUUGAAAUUGUAUAGGAUUCAAGUUAAAAUAAUAGAUGUGAAUGACAAUGCUCCACAUUUUCAAUCUGCAAUAGAGAAUAUCAACAUAACUGAAAACACAGCACCAGGGACAAAAUACCCCCUUCAAUCGGCCGAUGACGCAGACGUUGGUAAAAAUGCUGUAAAUUCGUAUAGAUUAAGCGAAAAUGAGUUCUUUUCCCUUGCGGUCCAGAAAGGAGAAAUGUCAAUCCCAGAAUUACAACUGCAGAAAGUUUUAGAUCGAGAAAAACAGUCUUUAAUCACACUAACACUGACAGCGUUUGAUGGAGGAACGCCCGCUAAAUCCGGAACAAUGCAGGUAGUAAUCAAUGUGUUAGACAUAAACGAUAAUGCUCCAAUUUUUAGUCAAAGUUUAUAUAAAGCCACUAUUUAUGAAAACGUUAAAAUAGGAACGUCAAUCAUCACGUUUAAUGCGACAGAUCUGGACGAAGGCCUAAACGGAGAGGUGCUGUAUUCUCUGAGCAGAGCAGGAAGAGGUAAACAAAUAGAUGUUUUUGAAAUAGACGAGAAAACUGGACUAGUGACAAACAAAAUGAAUAUUGACUUUGAAGAAAAUGCUGCAUUUGAGAUCAGGGUCCAGGCUCGUGAUAGAGCCACAUCUCCAAUGAGUUCACACGCAAAGCUUUUGAUCGAAGUGUUAGAUGUAAAUGACAACGCGCCUGAAAUCUCUGUUAAAUCUUUGAUGAACACGGUCAAAGAAGACGCGUCUUUCGGCUCCGCCAUUGCGCUGGUGUCAGUCUCUGACAAAGAUGGAGGUAAAAACGGGCAGGUCCAGUGUCGUAUAAACAAUAAUGUCCCCUUUAAACUCGAGACUAAUUAUAAGAAUUACUAUUCACUGGUGGUGAACGGCCCUUUAGACAGAGAAAGCACUCCUCAGUAUAAUAUUAGCAUCACUGCCAUUGAUGAAGGCAGCCCACCUCUGACCAGCACGAGCCUUAUAACUGUGCGCGUGUCAGAUGUCAAUGAUAACAGUCCCGUGUUCACAGAAAGUCUGGUAAACGUCUAUCUAAAGGAGAACAGUGCAGUGGGGUCAGUCAUUAAAACAGUAACAGCAGCUGACCCUGACGUUGAUCAAAACGGUCACGUAACUUAUUCUCUCUUGAAAAAUCCAGGUGAGUUUCUGCACCUGUCCACGAUGGUGAAUAUUAACUCAGACACAGGGGACAUAGUCACGCUACAGUCUUUUAACUUUGAGGAGCUCAAAACGUUUCAGUUUAAGGUCCAGGCCACAGACUCUGGUGUCCCUCCGCUCAGCAGCAACGUGACUGUGAACGUUUUUAUUCUGGAUGAAAAUGACAAUAGCCCCACGAUCCUGGCGCCCUAUUCUGAGCACGGCUCUGUUAACAGUGAGAGCAUACCCUAUUCCGCUGAAGCGGGCUACUUUGUGGCAAAGAUAAGGGCUGUAGACGCAGACUCUGGCUACAACGCGCUGCUUUCUUAUCACCUGACUGAGCCCAAAGGGAACAACCUGUUCCGGAUCGGGACCAGCACCGGAGAGAUCCGCACCAAGAGGAGGAUGAGUGACAAUGACCUGAAAAGUCACCCCUUGGUGGUGCUGGUGUGUGAUAACGGAGAGCCCUCCCUGUCCGCCACUGUGUCUAUUGAUGUAGUGGUGGUGGAGAGCACAGCGGACAUUCAGACUCAGUUCAGACAUGUGCCCAUAAAGGAGGACAGCUUCUCGGAUUUAAACCUGUACCUGCUCAUCGCCAUUGUGGCGGUGUCAGUCAUCUUUCUGCUCAGCCUCAUCACGUUAAUAGCAGUGAGAUGUCACAGGACAGAGAGCUCUUUCAGCAGGUACAGCGCCCCCAUGAUCACCACCCACCCUGACGGGAGCUGGUCCUACUCCAAAUCCACUCAGCAGUAUGACGUGUGCUUCAGCUCAGACACACUCAAGAGCGACGUAGUGGUUUUCCCCGCCCCGUUUCCUCCUGUAGAUGCAGAACUGAUCAGUAUUAAUGGAGGAGACACUUUCACCAGGACACAGACUUUACCCAGUACAGAGAAGGUAUGA